AUGGCCACAGACAAUUUUGCACCGAAUAAAAACUGGUGGCAUCAUUCGGUUGUCUAUCAAAUCUAUCCACGUUCAUUUUUCGAUUCGAAUGGUGAUGGGAUCGGUGAUCUUAAUGGAAUCACUAUGAAAUUGGACUAUUUGAAAAAGUUAGGCGUGGAUAUUCUUUGGCUUAGUCCCAUUUACGAUUCACCGAAUUAUGAUAAUGGUUAUGAUAUUCGUGAUUAUUUUCAAAUAAUGACCGAAUUUGGAACAAUGGAAGAUUUUGAUCGAAUGUUAGAAGAAAUGAAACGACGUCAAUUGAAAUUAAUCAUGGAUCUUGUUGUUAAUCAUACUAGUGAUGAACAUCCAUGGUUUAUCGAAUCGAAAAAAAGCAAAGAUAAUCCGUAUCGAAAUUUUUAUCAUUGGGCACCGGGUAAAGAUGGCAAAGUACCAAAUCGAUGGGGAGCUGCUUUCGGUGGUCCGACUUGGACUUAUGAUAUCAUUACUGGUGAAUAUUAUCUUCAUACAUUUACAUCGAAACAACCCGAUUUAAAUUGGGAAAAUCCGAUUGUUCGUCAAGAAGUCUAUAAAAUAAUGCGUUGGUGGUUGGAUAAAGGUGUAGACGGAUUUCGUAUGGAUGUGAUUAAUUUUAUUUCUAAAGUACCAGGAUAUCCCGAAGGUCAUGUCGAUGAUGGCAGACAAUAUUCCGAUGGGACACCGUACUACAUCAAUGGACCACGUUUACAUGAAUAUUUGCAAGAAAUGUAUGAACAAGUUUUGCGUCAUUACAAUAUUGUAACAGUCGGUGAAUGUCCUGGAGCUCAUCUACACGAAGCAGAAUUGAUAACAAAUCCAGCUCGGAAAGAACUCGAUAUGAUUUUUACAUUCGAACAUAUGAAUAUUGAUGGUGGUAGACGUCAAACUUUUGCAUCAGUUGUUCAUUCUGGAAAUCAUGAAGGCAAAUGGAUACCAAAAUUACUUGAUUUACGCGAAUUGAAACUUCAUUUUACGACAUGGCAAAAAGGUCUUAUUGGUAAAGGUUGGAAUAGUCUCUAUUGGAAUAAUCAUGAUCAACCACGCAUCGUUUCACGAUGGGGCAAUGAUUCCAGUCAAUAUCGAGUUCUUUCUGCUAAGAUGCUCGGCACUUGUUUACAUUUUCUUUCUGGAACACCUUAUGUUUAUCAAGGCGAAGAGAUCGGCAUGACCAAUGUUCGUUUUCCAUUAUUGGCCGACUAUCGUGACAUUGAAACAACGAAUUUUCAUCGUGAUGCUAUACAAUCUGGUGUAUCAUUGGAAGAAAUCAUGGCAGUAAUCUAUAGAAAAUCACGUGAUAAUACUCGUACGCCAAUGCAAUGGUCAGGUUCAUUGAUUCAUGGUGGUUUUACUAAUGGUGUCGCUGAUGUCAAACCUUGGAUUAACGUCAAUUCAAAUUAUACAGAUAUCAAUGUUGAAGAUGCUCUAAAUGAUUCUAGUUCGAUUUUUUAUUACUAUCAAAAAUUGAUUCAAUUACGAAAAGAAAUGUCAAUUAUGGUUUAUGGAAAUUAUGAUGUUCUUCAUGAAGAACAUAUGCAUAUCUUCAUGUAUAAACGUUUCAAUGAGGGUAUUCAAGAAAUUAUUGUUGCCUGCAAUUUUAGUCAACAAUCGGUGACAAUCGAUGAUAGUUCAUUAAAUGAGCGAUUCAAGAAAAAUGGUCGAUUAUUGAUAAGUAAUUAUGAUGAUAAUCAAGUGAAUAACAAAUCAGAUUGGCUUCAUUUUCGUGCCUAUGAAACUUGGGCCAUCGAAUUGCCAGUAGAGACAGAAUAG